AUUUGGAUUGUUUUAGAUUUUAAUGGAGUCCACUCAUGAGAUUCCUGACACAGGGAGAAUCCAGGGGCAUCUCAGUCGUCUAGUCCGGCCAUUGGCUCCAACAAGUGGUCAGCACUCAACAAUUUUUAUACGACGUGGUACACAUGAUGAUGACAUUGUUGAAUCUGAUGUUGAGUUGGAAAUUUCUGAUCUCAUCGAGGCUGAAAAAGAUCCUCCACAAAAGAUGGGGAACCCUUUGAUCGAAGUAACUGAUGAAAAUAAAAAAGCUGCUCAAAUAUCAAAAGCAAAAGCCAACGAGGCAAUAUCUGACGGUAAGUUUAGUGAAGCCAUAGAUUAUUUGACGGAAGCAAUCAUGUUGAAUCCGAUGUCUGCAAUUAUGUACGCAAAUAGAGCAAGUGUGUUCAUCAAACUGAAGAAACCAAGCGCUGCAAUACGAGAUGGUAAUGCGGCUUUACAGAUCAACCCUGACUCAGCAAAAGGGCAUAAAGCACGAGGGAUAGCAUUGGCGAUGUUGGGAUCAUGGGAAGAUGCGGUUGAUGAUUUGCAUGUGGCUGCGAAGUUGGAUUUUGAUGAGGAAAUUGACUCAACUCUAAAGAAGGUUGAAACUAAUGCAAAGAGAAUGAAAGAGCAUCGUAUAAAAUAUGACCGCUUGCGCGAAGAAAAAAAGUUGAGAGAAAUUGACCAGAAAAAAAAGAAGCGCGAAGAUGCUGAGAGUGCGUCUGUUUUAAAAGAUGGAGAAGUGAUUAGGAUUCGUUCUGCUAGUGAGUUAGAAAAAAAGUUAAAUGCUGCUUCAAAGAUAGGACGGCUCACAAUUCUCUGUUUCACCGCACCAAGCUGUGGGCCCUUGAGCGUAAUCUCAACCUUAGCAACACAAUAUCCGAAAGCCGUAUUCCUGAAAGUUGAUAUUGAAGAGGUUAAAGAAGCUACUGGUGAAUGGGACAUCACUAUGGUCCCGUGUUUCUCUUUUGUGAAGAACGGUAAAGAGGUUGAUAAAGUUGUUGGAGUUGACAAAACUUCGCUCGAGAAGAAAAUUGCCCAGUAUUCUUGAGAUCACUUCUUGAUAUAAGCGUAAAUAAAUAAAAAAGGAGAAUUCUGCAAGUUGUUUGAUGACUAAUCUUGUUUAGGGCAAGUAGAAUAGUUGAUUGAGAUUGUUGUUAAAUGAGAGAUAUAGAACAUUGUUACGUUCUGGUUUGUUGAAAAUACAGAGACAAAGAAAAGGUUCUUGAAUGAUGCAUUUUGGUAAAUAUAUUUUGAUUUGAUUUCAUGAG